ACGCCAACCAAAGCGCAAGCGCAUCAACUGCAGCAGCCAGCCAAGAUGGACUCCUGGGAUGACGACGAAUUCGAAGUCCCAUCGGUGACGGAGACGCAAAAGGUCGCUGCCAACUGGGACGACGAGGAGGAAGAGGAGGAGCCGGUUGUGUCUGCCAAGCCCGAGCCGGCCGUUCCCAAGGGCCCGCUCAAGCCCAAGCAGCUGAAGAAGAUGAAGCUAAAGGAGAUUGAGGAGAAGCAGAAGAUGGAAAUCGCCCUUACCAAGGCACGUCUUGCCGCCCAGGCUGAUGAGACCGACGACCAGCGUCGAUCCCGCGAGAAGGCCUCCAUCGAGGAGGCAGACUUUGAGAUGGCCAUUGACGCCUUUGCCGGUGCCCCGCCCAAGCCGGCGGCGGGUGCUUCCGACGACGCCGAUAAUGCUAUCUCAGCAAUGCGCUUGCUGUCACUCGCCGACCACGAACACCUGGGUGACGUGGUGGCGUCUCGGCUGGCCACGUCCAACGCCAAGUACGCGCUUGAGUGCAUUAAGGUGAUCCUGACGAAGGCAUCGGUGAACUUGACAGCCGAUGACAUGAAGGAGAUCACAACUAUCGUCAACGUUAUCAAGAACGAGAAAAUCACCGCUGCCAAGCCUAAGGGCAAGAAGAAGAAGCAGGCGGGUAAACAGGGCUACGCUAACGUCGAGCGCAGCGUCGGCAACGGUGGUGCCGGAGGAAUGGGGUACGCUGGCUUCGAAGACACGUACGAUGACUACGAUGACUUUAUAAAGAAGGUGAACAAGGUGCGCCUGUGCCUAAAACAAGCGCUUUCUCCGCCCAACUCUUUUGGGCAAACAUGGUAG